GGAUACAUAUCGAAAUCUGUGAUUUAGUGAUCAGUGUUUGAUUUUUUUUGUUGGAAUAUAAAGGAUACAAUCAAGAUGUUGACCUCAAGCAAUCAGUAUCUCAGGCCGGAGUAUUUGACACCUUUACCAACUACGCUCGAUGCUAAGAAGAGUCCAUUGGCUUUAUUAGCUCAAACAUGUAGUGCGAUAGGAGCUGAUACACCAAAUCCAAAGCUCCUUGCAUCCAUUGAGAAAUCUACUAAAAGUUCGUCGGCAAGCAAAACGCCAACCUCUUUGUCGAAUCACUCUACUACACCGACUAACAUGAGCGAGUCAAAUAAUAAUACAAUAACUUCUAAACCAUCUCACUCUCCUGUCAACGCGAGCAUCAGGUCGAGUCCAUUAAAUAGUACAACUACAUCAGUAUCACCAAAAAUGCCUUCAAGCUUCAAGCCAUAUGAAAAUACACCUGUAAAGUCACCGACUCUUGCUCAAAAUACACCUGAAAGUAAUUUGAGAGCGCGAACUCCUAAAAGAACGCAUACACCUCUUAGAUCUUCUAGUAGUAACAGCUCUGCGAAUUCGCCUCUGCCUGAUAGAACGUCGCCAAUUCAAUCUUCACCCAAGACUCCUAUCUUACCACCAUCUAGUAGUUACAUGUUAGGAUUGCCACCACCGUUGGGAUUAGAUCAUUUGAAAGCUGCGUACUUGAAUUACGCACGUGGAUUGAAGCCAGAUACUUUUAAUCCUGCUUGCAGAGAUCCUUAUUGCACUGGUACAUGUAUCAGUCCAUUGUUUGGAGCGGCAUCCGUGCCGAAGACAUGUCCUGCUGGAUGUCUGCAAUGCGAUCAUGCGAAGACACCGUACGCUCCUAGCGCACAUCAGCAGCAAGCAAUGGCUUUUGCUCAUGCUCAGUUAUAUGCUUUAGCAGCAGCAGCCAAUCAACCAUACGUUUGCAACUGGAUUUCCGCAGGUGACGCUAGCACUUAUUGUGGAAAGCGUUUUAGUAAUUCUGAGGAACUAUUGCAGCAUCUAAGAGCGCAUACAGGUGGUUCAGGGGCAGAUUUAUUGGGGCCAAGCGCGGCGCAUCAUUUGCUAGCAAGAAGUGGCUACCCAACGCCACCAUUGAGUCCGUUAACUUUGGGAAGUGGAAGAUAUCACCCAUAUUCAAAACCAAUGCUGCCCCAUUCAUUACCACCACCGAUGGUUCCACCACAUUUGCUACCACCUGCGGUUGGUGGUCUACCGCCUUACUUUUCGCCAUAUGGCAGCUUCGUACCGCCACUACCAAACUUGGCAGCACUUGCCCAACCGCCAGCAGGCAGCGGUAGGCAAUCAGGUGCCCAGAAUGGACUGCAUCAUUGA